AAUGAAUUAUAAGAAUAAAUACAAAAUUAUAUUAAUUACAAAAUAUUUUUAAGCAUUAAGCUAUUAACAAAGUUAGUCAGCUAAUUGAAAUUAGUCAGCUAAUUGAAAGCAAGAUACACAGUUCUGAUGAUGAAAUUUUAUCUGACAAUAACAAUGUUAUUGAAUCCAGACACAAACAUGGGCAUAAAAAACACUACUGUCUUUAUUGUGAAAAACUUCUCUCAAAAAUCCCAAGGCAUUUAGAACAUAUUCAUAAGCAUGAAGAACUUGUUAUAGAAGCCCUUCAUUAUCCAAAAAAAAGUAAAGAGCGAAGAAAUAUGUGAACUUAUAUAGAGAGGAAAGGUGAUUUUAAUGUAAAUAUAAAUAACAUUAAAAAUUCUAAAAAAAUAACAUCUGUAAGAAAAUGUACAGUCAACAAAGAUGAUGAGCUAUUGCCUUGUGAAUAUUGUUAUGGUUUUUUCAGAGCAAGGAAACUUUGUGAACAUGUUUCAAAGUGUUUUAGGCGUGGUAGUGAUAACAAGGAAAUAAGUUAUAUAAAAGCUUCUUGAAUAUUAGUAGGCCAAUCCAGUUUGACCGACAAUGCUAAAAUUGUACAUGAGCAUAUACUUACAACUAUGAAACAUGAUAAACUUCACCUUGUUAUUCGCAAUGAUAAGUUAUUAUUGACCUAUGGAGCAGUUGAAGUUGGUAAAAAAGAAAGAGAUCGUUACCAUGAUGUAGGCUAUGCACUUCGAGUUUUAGCUAAGUUAUUGUUGCAAUACAGAAAACAGUUUAAUGCAGAAGAUGCAUCUGCCAAAGAUUUAGUCAAUACAAAAAACUAUGAUAACAUUGUUUCUUCUAUGAAAGUUUGUGCAGAUUAUUGUGGACCAAGAAAAAUUGGAAAUCCUCAUCUUGUUUUAAGAAUAGGAUAUUCAUUAAAAACUUUAGCUAUAAUAGUCAAAUUAGAGUACCUGAAAUUAGGAUUACAAGACAUGGUUGAAAACAUUCGAAAUUUUUUAGAGCUGUUGGAAUCAGACUACAGUAUUUUUUUAAACAAUGCACGUAGUGUAUAUGAUUUACGAAAAGCCAAUGCACCAGAUAUGUUGCCAGAAGAAAGUGACAUUAAAGUUUUAAGAAAUUAUUGUGUUAGUGAAAUCAGCAAGUAUUUAAACAAUACAAUUCUUACAUCUAAUGAAUAUAUACAUUUGUGUAAACUUACUUAUGUAAGAAUACUAACAUAUAAUGCUAGGUGAGGUGGAGAACCUGGAAAGUUAACAUUAGCAGAUUGGGAUAUGGUAGAAAAAGGCAGGUGGAAACGCCAAACUGACAUAGAUGCUUUAGAUGAUCCGAUAGAAAAAAAGCUUGCAGAGCGAUUUAAACUAUGUUACAUUGAAGGCGAAAAAAAACGGAGUGGUUCUUCUGUAAAAGCAUUAGUUCCGAUUAUUUUUACUGAGGAAUUUGUUGGUGCAAUCAGACUAUUAUUCAGCUCAAGGCAAAAUGCUAAUAUUUCUCAAAAAAAUAAUUAUGUGUUUGCCCGUGGUGCAGGCUGUUUUAAACUACGUGGUUGGGACGCGCUACAAUCUUUAACAAAAAAGCUUAAUUUAUCGAAGCCAAAGCUUAUUACGCCAACUAGAACUAGAAAGUAUUUGGCAACCAUUCUGCAGUUGUUAGACAUGAAUAAUGCUGAGCUUUUGUGGCUCACAAAUCACAUGGGGCAUACUAAAGAUGUUCAUCAAAGUUGGUAUCGACGUGAGGAUUCUACUAUCGAAUUAACAAAAGUAGCAAAAGUUCUUCUUGCUAUGGAUAAUGGCGAUGCAAGGUGCAUUCAAAAUAAGAAAAUCGAUUCACUAUUACAAAAUAGUUUUGAAGGAAUUGGGAUAUCAAAUGUUAAUACAGGAGAAAGUGCUAAUGUUUGCACUUAUUCAGAUGAAGAUGUUGGAGAUGCAAAUAGCAAUGUUUUGGAUGAAAAUACCAAUGUCAUUGAAAAUUAAUUAAUUAAUGUCGAACGUAAAAGAAUACAAAAUAAAAGAUUAAACAUGCACAAAGAGUCAAAAAAAACUUGGAAAGGUUGGUCGGAAGAAGAAAACGCAUCACUUCGUAAAGCGUUUUCGAUAUAUAUCGCGAGAAAGAUUCCGUGUCCGCUUCUUGAUGUUAAAAAAAUUAUUGAAAGUAUACCUUGUCUUCGAAGAAGAGGGCAUAAGAUUGUUAAAGACAAACUAAACAAUAUUAUUAGAAAGAGAUGAUUUAUGCGUUUUUAUUUAUAUACAAAUAAUGGUGUUUUGAAGUAGUUAUGUUGAAAUCAAGUUUAUUAACGUUGAUUAAAUUUUAUAUAAUUAUUUCAAGUGUAUUAUAAUUUUAAGUGUGUAUAAAAAAGAUCAGUGUAAUAUUUUUAUAAUGAAUACAUAUCAAAUA